CUGAUAAGAGGCCAAAACUCAUCAUCUUCUUGCACUUUCCUAUCCUACAGUUUCUCCUGGAUGCAGCUGAAGUGCUAAAAUUGUUCUCAGCACAGAGGCAAAAACCCACAUUCUGCCAGUAACCUUUCCAGGACUCCUCUGGAUUCCAGGAUUCUGGCCUGGAGAGGACUGCUGUGGGUUUUACAAUAAUGCUGCCUCCACAGCUGUUCCACAAAAUCCUAGGAGUGGCUUUCUUUGUGCUCCCAUGGUGUGCUCAAGCUGUCCCACCACUGGAUUAUAAUGAAAUGGGAGAUGUUGUUCAUCAAUUAGAACAUCGGGUGUCCAAGCUUGAAGAAGUCCUCCACUUGGAAAAGAUGAUAACAACAUCAGGAGAAAAAGUAUUUGCUACCAAUGGGGAAAGAGCCGAUUUUGAUACUGCAGUGAAAAAAUGCAAAGAGGCUGGAGGGUCUAUUGCCAGUCCAAGGAACCCCAAGGAGAACGAUGCCAUUCUCUACUUUGUGAAAAAGUUUAAUACCUACGCCUACCUGGGGAUAAAGGCAUCUCUGAUUCCAAGCAAGUUCCAGUUCCUGGAUGGCACCCCACUGACAUACACUAACUGGCAUUCAAAUGAACCUUCUGGCAAAGGAGAAGAGGCAUGUGUGGAGAUGUACACUGAUGGUACCUGGAAUGACAAAGUGUGCAGAAAGAGUCGCCUUAUUGUCUGCCAGUUUUAGUUGCUUCCCCUCACUUCUCUCUGGCAGGCUUGCUGGAGCAGGCUUUCCUAUCCCUUGCCUCUUCACUUGUAGCUUGAGCUCAGCUAAUGCAGCAUGGAAAAGCCACACUUCUCCAGCCUGAUUUGUCUUUUAAACACCA